CUGGUGGGGGCGGGUCCUUGGCCUGGGCCAACUCCGGCCUUCCUGGUCCAACCAUCUUGGACCCGCUCGCCCGGUAGCGGGUAGAAGCGGCAUUCUUCCCUUUAAGUCUCCACACUGGUCUGAAGACAUGCAGCUCAGGAGCAGCGGGAUGAAGGAAGGGUUCCCCAGGGAGGAGCAAUCCUAGCUGGUGGGAGAGGAGUCAGAGGUAUUAAGUGGCAACUCUGUGUAAGGCAUUAUGAAAAGUUGAAGAAACUGAGACAGACAGAGGUGAAGUGACUUGCCCAGAGUCACACGGCUGCCCAGGUAACCCAGAGGCAGGAGGGACCCCGGAGCUGGAAGGAUGACCGAGUGGCACCGCAUCUUCCUCCAGAACCUCUCCGUCCCUCCCCACCCCCAGCGAGGGCGCCAGCUCGGGAAGGAGUCCACGGCCUUUCAGUGCGUCUUGAAGAGGUUGGAUGGACUGCAGGCUAAGCAGAGGCUGCUGGAAGUGCUGUCGGGCGUGGAGUACCAUGUUCGGAUCUCUUUCUUUGAUAUGACCUAUCGGCACUUCUUUGGGAAGACAUGGAAAAGUGCAGCGAAGCCCCUGAAGUCCACGCCGGGGCAGCAGCCCAGGAUCAUCUUCAAUGAGCCAGUGUAUUUCCACACGUCUCUAAGUCACCCAAGUAUCAUUGCGGUAGUGGAAGUUGUUGCUGAAGGCAAGAAACAGGAUGGGAGCCUGCAGACGAUAGCCUGUGGCUUUGGGAUUCUGCGCCUCUUCAGCACCAAGCCAGAAGCUACGGAUUCUCCUGCCCAGGACAGACGGCUGAAACUCUAUCAUGGCACUCCCAGAGCCCUCCUGCAUCCGCUUCUUGAGGACCCCGUUGAACAAAGCAAAUACAUGACGCUCAUCGAGAACUGCUGCAUUCUCUAUACCCUGAAGUUCCAUCAUUUUCUUGAUGCCGUGUUCCACCUUCUUCCCGAGAACUUCCUGGUGUCUGGUUCACAGAAAAUCCCCGGUUUACUGCCAGCACAUGGAGAGACAAAUGAUGCACUGCGGAAGCCUCGCCUCCAGAAGUCUGCCACGUGGUAUUUGGACAAUCUGCUCUUCAACCUGUAUCCAUCUCUUGAGAAGUUCGAGGAGGAACUUCUGGAGCUCCUCAGUCACGACCGCUUGAGGGAGGAGGGAGGCCUCUUGGAGGGGAAGGCAAUCACGAUUCAGGAGCGGAGGCUGCACGUGGGGGUGCACAACGGCCUGGUCUUUGUCCAGAAGCCCCAGGUGGUGGUGCUGAUGCCCGAGGUGGCCCUGGGGCGCCCGGGGGCUCUGGGCAGGAAGCCUUCCUUCUCGGCCAAGAUCAGAUAUUCCAGAAACCAGGCCCUGAUGCUGAGGAGCCGCAUCCACCUGACAGAGAUGGUCCAAAACCCGGCCUUCGCGGUGGUCUUCCAGCUGGAGUACGUGUUUACUGCCCCCUCAGGAGCCGAAGGGAAGGGAACUUCUGUUACAUCUUUGUCCAACAUGACCUAUAUGCACUUAGUUCGAUGGGCGGUUUGGAACCCCUUGUCCGAUGGCUUCUCUAAGAAGGUGGUGACCUUGCCCCUUCGAGGGGGACCUCAGCUCAACCCUGCCCACUGUUUGGUGUACAAGAUUCCUUCAAGUUCCAUGAGCUCAGAGGAGGUUAAGCAAGCUGAGUUGGGUACCGUCCAAUUCCAGUUCUCACUGAGCUCCGAAGAACACUUGGGAACCUCUCUUGAGCCCUCCAGCCCCAUGAAAGAGGAGCUACAACACUCCAAGAAACCUCCCACAUCCCCUUCAACACCCCCUCUGCCUCGGAUGCCAUCUUCUGCCCACCUGUCUCCAGUGGGACCUGGACUGUCCAUCUCCCAGCUGUCCGCCUCUCCCCCCGCUUCCGUCAGGAGCCUCUCUGCCAAACCUCCCUUACCUAUCCAGCUCAACUCUCAAGUCUCUGAAACUCUCCUGACCUCCUACGGAACCCAGGAAGAACUCUCCCCCAACAACAGCACAAUAGCUCAUCUGGAGGUUGACCUGAGUCAGAGAUCUCUCACUACAGAAUCACCCAGUGCUGAUCAGCUACAAGAAUUGCCUUUCACACCCUUACAUCCUCCAAUUAUCAUGAGCACUGAGCCUCAAAGUUCUAGAUCUAAACUCUCGCGGGCCUCGCUCGUCCGCCUGCACACAUUGGGCUUUCCAGUAAUUCUGGACCGCAGCAAGCAACCGGCUGAAGUUGUGGAUCCUGCCAUCCCUGUAAACUUUAAUCCUCAAAAGGAAGAGGCAGAUGUGCUACAGAGCAAUGAAAUAAUACUGCAGUUUCUUGCCUUUAGCAGAGCAUCAGAGGACCCCAGGGGAAUGCCAUGGCCAAAAACGGUAUAUUUCACCUUCCAAUUUUAUCGUUUCCCACCGGUCACAACUCCACGGUUACAACUAGUGAAGCAAGACCAAUAUGGGAUGACUAACUCUAAUUCUCUGUUCCACAUCCUGGUUGCAAUUAACAAAGAUGGCUCAUGUAACAAUGACUCUCCUGGGCUCCAGCUCCAGUAUCUGGUGGAUCCUGCCUUCCUCAAGCCUGGAGAACAGCGGUGGUUCAUACAUUAUCUUGCCGGGCAGACUCUACAGAUCGAUGUCUGGGAUGGAGAUUCGCUGCUUCUCAUUGGGUCUGCAGCAGUACAGAUGGAGCACAUCCUCCGCCAGGGCCACGCAGCUGUGCAAGUCUCCCAUGAGCUCGAUGUGGUCACCACAGAAUACGAACAGGACACACUGGUGGUGAGUGGAGAUCUCACCAGGCCUGGCACUGUCAAGCCCAUUGGAGUCCACCCUGUGGUCAGAGGCCGCCUGCAUCUGACUUUGGCUAACGUGGGUCGUGUGUCUGAAAAGAAAUCAAAUGAAUCCAACACAUUGCCCCCUUCACGAUCGCGGAUCAUUUCUUCUAAUGAUGGGACAAGUGGCUUCCAUGGAGGCAGUCUUCUUAGCUACGAGGGCCGUAGAGCUUUUAGAAAUGUGGCCCAAGCACGGAAACUAACCGAUGUGGACAGUGAACUAGCCGCAAUGCUCUUCACUAACAAGCAGGAGGGGAGCAAGAUCCAUCAGGUCACCAGCCAAGAGGCAGAUGCCACACGGAAGCGGAAGCUUGAGAGGAUGAUGGUGGUACGGCAGCAGGAGUCUAAAACCAAUCUCAGCCUUGGAACGAAAAACCUGCUGAUUCAGCAUAGUGUCCAAACUCAGCACUCCCGGGAUCUCCAGAUUAUUGAUGCAUAUCGAGAGCGGACCAAAGUAGAGAGCAUCACCAACAUGCUCAACCUGGUCAUCACCACCCACCAUACUAUCUACGCUACUUUGGGCACCGCCGAGUUCUUUGAGUUUGCCCUCAAGAACCCCCACAACCUGCAGCAUACAGUGUCCAUUGAGAUUGAUAACCCAGAACUCAGUGUCAUUCUGGAUAGUAGGGAAUGGAGACACUUCAAAGACACUACCAAAGUGCAUACUCCACUGGAGGAAGACAUGUUCCAUCUUCAUGAAAACCGCAUCCCGCAACUCUACCUGCGCCCCAAGGAGAUGGUUCAUGUCCCUUUUAAAUAUCAGACUUUCUGCAUAGAUCCUACUGUCAUGAUGCAGCAAUAUCCUGCUGAAUGUAGAUCUGACAAUGUCCCAGAAGCCAUAUUACCUUGGAAGUCCAGUGAAAUACCCACCAAGAGCAUUAAGGUAUCAUUUAGUGUGAGCAAUGGCAAACCCAUCGCCAUCCUGUGCAUAAAUGUAGAGUAUCAACCCCAUGUGGUUGAUCAGACAUUUCGAUUUUAUCAUCCGGAGCUCUCCUUCCUGAAGAAGUCCAUCCGGCUGCCUCCUUGGCACACCUUGCCUGGUGCCCCUAUAGGAGGAAUGUCCGGUAAGGAGCCCCAAAUCUAUGUUCGUUGCAGCGACCCAAAUGUCAUUUGUGAAACCAAAAAAAUGGGCCCAGGGGAACCACAGGACGUGUUUCUGAAAGUAGCUGGAGGUCCAAGCCCACAGAUCAAAAAAUUCUUUGUUGCUCUUUAUAUGGAUUACUGGCUGACUACCCCUAUUCAAAUAUGGCAGAUCUACCUCCACUCUCUCCAGCGGGUAGAUGUCAGUUGUGUCACUGGUCAGUUAACCCGCCUUUCCCUUGUUCUUCGUGGUACCCAAACUGUUAGGAAUGUGAAAGUAUUCACUUCACAUCCUCAGGAGCUGAAGCUGGACCCUGACGAUGUUUUUGUGCUUGCACGCAACGGCGUCUAUGACCUGCAGGUUGGCAUCAGGCCCCAGCGGUCUGGCAAUCGGUUCCUUUAUCUCAAUCUAGUGGAUGUGGACUACCACCAGCUGGUGGCCUCUUGGCUCGUGUGCCUGUCCAGCCGACAGCCUAUCAUUUCCAAGGCUUUUGAGAUCACGUUGCCAGCUGGUUCUGGCAAAGGUGCCAACAAGAGGAUCACGUACACCAAUCCCUACCCUUCGAAAAGAGCGUACUAUCUUCUUACCAACUACCCGGAUCUGCUACAAUUCAAGGAAGACUCCUUUGAGGUUGAUGCUGGAGAGACAUAUACCAUAGGCCUGCGGUUUGCUCCGAGUAACAGCUCAGGAAUGGAGGAAAUUCUGAUUUACAUCAAUGACCAUGAAGAUAAGAACGAGGAGACGUUUUGCGUGAAGGUCAUCUACCAAUAAAGGGGAGAACUUUAAUCAGACCCACGUGUUCUCCCUCUAUCUGUCGAAAUGUUAGUCUCAUGGAAUCUCCUAGGAGGGGUUCAUAGUCCCAUUCUCUUUCCACCAGCUGAAUAGUAUCAUUGCUUUUGGAUUUUGCUGCUGGAUAGAUUUUCUUCCUUUAGUACUUCCCCCCACCAUUUGUCUUUGGAUACAGAUAACCCAUUGAGAUUACUCCUGCACUUGGCCAGAGGACCGAAAGCAUAUGUUCCCUCCUUAUUUAUGGUGUGCCUGAGUCUAAUCAAGCAGCAGCCCAAAUCACAGUGAUUUAUUCCAGAGCACAGCCCGUAAGCGGUAACCCAAACGCCUGGGAUGUCACGUUGGGGAUGUUGCCGUUCCCGUGGUUGUACAGGGAAUUGUCAUUUUCUACCAAAUUGUUUUGCUUUUGACUUUUGCUGAUUUUUUAAAAAGUAUUUUUAUGAAACAUUUGUUUUCCUUAUUGGAUUUUGUACAAAUACACUACAUAUUUUAUAUA